AUGGAUUCCCCACACAAUGUGUCUACAGUUAUAGUGCUAAAAGCCUUCAAUCUCUCCUCUGAAAGUGUCUUUCCAGCAUUUCUCUUUUCCACGCUGACCUACUUGAUCAUCCUUUUCUGCAAUCUCAUGCUGACGCUCACCAUUGUGCUGAACACAACCCUGCACCAGCCCAUGUAUAUGAUCCUGCUGAACCUCCCCAUCAAUGACCUGACGGGAUCAUCGGCGGUCUUCUCACAGCUCAUGAAGGAAACCCUGACAAACAGCGGGGCAAUACAAUACUCAGCUUGUGUCACUCAAGCCUUUUUCAUUCACAUCUACGCAACAGGGAGCGUGUUCAUCCUGACAGCCAUGGCUUAUGACCGCUACAUGGCCAUAUGCUGCCCUUUGCAGUACAGCGCAGUCAUGACAAACGCCCACGUCAUGAGAAUAAUCGCAGGGAUGUGGUUAACCUGUUUGGCCACAAUUACCGUCCUGUUUUAUCUGCUUCUGCGUUUGCCCCGCUGUCGCUCUGAAAUAUCACACACCUAUUGUGACAACCCCUCGUUGCUCACUCUGGUCUGCGCCGACACAAGCAUCAAUAAUUUGUACGGCCUUUUCUUAGUCGCUGUUACACAACUGCUGGCCAACGGGAUGAUGUUGUUCACCUAUCUGCAGAUCCUUAUCGCUUGUUUUAGGUCAAAAUCACGAGACACAAAGACCAAAGCCAUACAGACAUGUGCGACUCACCUGAUGGUUUUUCUCCUGCUGGAGUGUUGCGGCCUUUUCACCAUCAUAGCCUACAGACUGAAGAACCUAUCACCACAUUUCAGGAGAUUUGUUGGACUGAUGGCAUUAGUUUUUCCCCCUGCUCUGAAUCCAAUCAUCUAUGGACUGAAAACAAAAGAAAUACGAGAAACAAUUUUUCGCUCCCUGAGAAAGAAAAUACGUCCUUUUUAA